AUGCCCCCCCUCCGUCAGCACGAUGUUUACUCGGCGUCUUCGCAGCAGGCAAUGAUUCUGGCCUCGCGAAUCGAAGCAAAAAGGGCCGAGCUGGAGAAUCUAUCCCAACUGCGUGACCUCAGCAAUGCGCUGGCCAUGAAAAUGGAGGCUCUUGAAACACAAUUGAGUACAUUGAAGGACGGUACAGAAGCCAUUGCAUGUGUUCUAAGUAACUGGCAAAAUGUGCUACAGGCAAUCAACAUGGUAUCAAGUAAGGCCUCUAGUGUUUUUUUCUCCCUAUUUGCUACUUCGUUAGGGCAUUGCGCGUAUAACGCAGUCAUCAUAGCCUCGCAGUCCCUGAACUCUUUCUCUCUCUCUCUCUCUCUCUCUCCUGAGUUGAAUACGCCUUCCCCUCUCGUUCCUACAUAUGACCCAGAGGCCACGCCAUUCACUGCCUUAUAUAACUCUCAGCAAGCCGGCUGCCAUAUUCACAACCUUGUUCCCUCUCUCAUCAUCUCAGUUCAGACUUUGCACUCGACUUCGUUCAGCAAGAAAAAAGAGAAAGCAGCAAACAUGGCUACUGGGUGGACUCUCGAUUUCUGCCUUGUCUGUGAUCAGCAGACCCCCGGAAAUGAAGCAUAUUGCUGUCAAGGCUGUCGGCUGGCCGACUUGGAUCAGGACACUUCCGCAUCUUCGCCCAAACAUACUACAGAUUCACAACACAAGUCGGUCUAUCGUCGACAAUCACCGUCGGUCCCAGUUGACCAAGUGACAUUGGCUCCCUCGUUACAAGGCGCUACCGGUCGACGUCAAGCGACUAGCAAAAACCCAUCACGACCUCGUUAUGAAUCUUCAGCCUACAAGCCGACUUCGGGGUCGUCUCAGAGUUCAUCUCUCGACAGUUCGUCGUCGCUGCUGACAUCAUCGUCCUCGUCAUCAUCCAACCAGAUUAAGCACGAACUGCAUGACUAUACCGGAUACUUUGACCCGGUCCGAGAUUGGAAAAGACGACAAAUGUCUUCGUAA